AUGAGAUAAACUACCAAAUAAAUCAUCCCUAUAUAAAAAUAUGUAUUUUGGGGAAAGAUUUGUUGUUGGAUAACAAUUUUCUACAAUAUUGGAGAAGGAGUUGCAUCUAUCGUUCUGGGUGAAGAAGAAUCUUCUAUAAGUCUUGUAGCGUUUGGGGUUUAAUCCUUUAUAGAAACGACUUCUUCAGUUUUAGUGCUAAUUAGAUUUUAUUAUUUUGAGAAACAUGAUAUUAAAGAAAGAGUUUGCAAUACAGAAUCUGUUGAGGAUAAAGAAACAAACGAAUAAAAUAAUAAUCAGUAAGAAGAAGAUAAAUAAAAAAAAUUUUUGAAGGCUGAAAGAGGUGUAACAAUUACUAUUGGAGUGUUUUUUAUAAUUUUAUCUAUUGUUACUAUUGUAGUGAGCUCUAUUGCUCUUUACAGGGAAGAUAGACCUGACUCUACAAUCGAUAAUAUUAUAAUUAGCAUAAUUGGCCUAAUUGUUACAGUAAUAUUUUGGUAUAUUAAAAAUAAAAUCUCAAAGGUUCUUAAUUCUUCUGCAAUUGCUGGUGAUGCAGCUUGUAAUUUAGCAUGUAUUAAACUUACAAUAGUUUUAUUGAUAGGUAGUAUUAUAUAUACUUUCUGGAAAGGUGGGUGGUGGAUAGAUUCUAGUAUGGCUAUAAUUUUAGCUCUCUUUUUUUUAAAGGAAGGAUAUUAAAUGUUAAAGUGGGGUUUAUCUAAAAAUUUUACAGGAGGAUGUGGAGAUUGCUGUGGUAGUAAGUAAAAGACAUUAAACUAAAAUGGUUAGUACUCUACUAAUAAAGAUUCUAAAACCAAUGAUUGCUGUAAGAAUGAUUCAUGUUAAGAAAAAAAUUUAUAAAAGAAUUUAUGUUAUCAGUAGGUAGAAAAGUGCAAUUCAGAUUAAAUUUAAUCUUAUUGUAAAAAAUAAUGCUCUAGUUAAAGUAAAAAUGAAUGCUCAAAAACAGAUAAUAUUUGUAUAACUGCUUAAUGCAGUGAAGAAAAUCAAAAAAGAGAUUAAUUUUGUAAGGAAUAAGAAUAUUCAGAUUAAAUUAAAUCAGAUACCAAUAAAUGA